AUGCUCAUCCUCAAUCCUGAAAUGCUCAUCCUUUAUCCUGAAAUGCUCAUUCUCAAUCCUGAAAUGCUCAUCAUCAAUCCUGAAAUGCUCAUCCUUUAUCCUGAAAUGCUCAUUCUCAAUCCUGAAAUGCUCAUCCUCAAUCCUGAAAUGCUCAUCCUUUAUCCUGAAGUGACACAUUCCAUCAUUGGAUUUCUCUUUACUGUCCCGCUGAGUAGCUAUUAUCAGGCUCGUCCAGAUAAUCGAGCCUCUCGAAAGCCUCCCAACCUUCGGUGCGGCUUCACCUCGCCUCCUCUGAAGGGCGGUGAAGGCGGGAUCCCCAGUUUCAUUCUGCGCUUCGCGGGACAGGGAUGGACUCGCUUCCGCGUUCUGUCUACUUGCCUUCGGCUUGCGGCCUGGUCACUGACCCUUCCCUUUGGAGGCAUGACGAGGGCCAUUGUCAUACAUGAAGAUGGCCUCUGA